CUUUUCCCAAAAAAGUUGUGAGAUGGUGCUAUCGAUAACACAAAGUUAAUGUUUACUAGGUGGCAGGGCAGGUUUUUUUUGAUCGCUAUAGUUUCACGACGUAAUAUUUGCGUAUAGUGUUUACAAAAAUAUGACUCUCAUAGAUAACAUACGCGACUGGUUCGCUUCGGAGACCGCCAGGAAUAAAAAUUCUUCACUAAUAGCUGGAUUACUUUUUUUCGCAGGAUGGUGGACACUUAUUGACGCUAUGACUGUGGACCAAAAACACCAAAUUACCACGGGACAGGUGUUUAUUGGCGUCUUUGGUACUAUUAGCUUCUUCAUGGUCAAUGUCGUGAAAAACUCUCACAUCUCCGAGGAAAAUACUUCCGAAUCAGGUGCAAGAGUGGCAAAAAUCUGGCUUUUAAUUGCAUUUGUCAUGGGCUUCGCCUCAAUUAUAGCUGCAGUUUGGGUUAUGAUUGAUGAUUUUAUCAAUAAUUCAGAAAAAGAUAGUGCACAGGGUGUUGCCCUUUUGAUGCAAAAUAUUUUAAUACUCCUCGCAAACUUAACUUAUAAACUUGGCCGCAACGAAGAUGAUUGGAAUGAAUAAAUAUUAGAAAUAAUCCGUACUAAUAUAUUUAUAUACUAAACCUUAUUGUAAGAAUUUAAAAGCAACCUGUUAAAAGUCAAGCGUUUAUAGUAUGGCAUAAAUAGAUUUAAUAAUUCAUGCAUGUAACCAUAGAAUUAUCAGUUAUAAAACUAAAUACAUUUGCACACAUUAUCAGA